AUGCUAGCCAAAAGUGCCCUGGAAAAAAUCACAAGAGCAGAAGGCUUGCCCAUGGAGAUUCUCGUUACGGGUGCCCCGAAUUCUUUCCAUGAAUCUUCUUACCAUUUGGAUGUGGUUGAUGCCGAAGAAGGCGAACCCUUUACUUUGGAAACUUUCAAAAGAUCCGUGAUAGAGGCUUUAAAGGCCGGUCAUGACUAUAUCUUAGCCAAAGUAACAACAUCAGAUCCUAACAAUGCAACAUCUCUUUACAACUACUACUACUCGGCCUUUGAGAUUAACAAGAUUCUCUUUAAGUACGAGUCCGAUCGGCACUUGCUGCACCGUAUGAAGGUCCGUAAUCCCAUGAACAACAUGUUUAUUAUGGGUCAAGUUUAUUACUACCGCAUUGCUUAUGAGUCAUUAGAGUCGGCCUUACAGGAGUACGACCAUCCUUCUGAAAAGAGCAUUAAGGGUCGUACUAAGGCCUUUUCGGCCCUUCCUUAUCAGGUAGAUAGUUCGUAUGUGGAUACACUAGAGAAAAAGUCUCGGGAACAAGAAUUACGUACAGUAUCUCGUGAUUUGUUUAAGCCGACGGUUUUGAAUGCACCCUCGGUAGUUACGGCCGAUAAGAAGUUGAAAGUACGUGCGACCUACUUUGCUAAUGAUGGAGACUUUCUGGUGCGUUCGCAAGUAAGGGAGUACUUCAAGCAGAAUGCGGUUAAUCAAGAUGAUUACUUUAUCUUUGAGUUGGAAAGGACGCAGAACGACUUCUUGGCUUUGUUGGAGUCUCCGGAUGGCAGUGAUGCGGGUGGUGAGGCUGAAACGUGGAAAAGAGCUUUGAUGGCCCAUUUGAGCUUUAUUCUAGUGAUUAUGUGUUUAUUGCUAUUCCUAGGGAGUGCACCUAUGGUCUUCUUUAUUGUCUUUCCCUUGGCUGUCUUUUUCCUGCUUUCAAUGGCUUUCUCACUCCUCUAUAUCUUUUGCUGUCGCCGGCGCACCUUUGGGAGUCUUAAUGUUGAGGACGUGGAAGAUGUCUAG